AUGUCCUCCUCCACCCCCCAACACGACCAAAAACUCAAACCCGUCCUCUACGCCUCAGCAGACUCCCUCCAAACCUCAGGCGCCCAAACCGACGGCAUCCUCCGCCAAAACGCCCUCGUCCACCAAUGUCCCAACCUCUGUGCCACCCGCAUGCUCGCAAAACCUCAUACUCAAUCCGCUAUCCAUCAUCAUGGGGAGGAGAAUACGAUUGUUUUCGCGCAUGCUGGACAUGGGGUGAUUGUUUUUGACGGUGGAAAACGUACACAGGAAUUGGAACCCGGGGAUUUUGCGCUGAUUCCGGCUUUUGUGGAGCAUCAGGAGGUUAAUGAGAGUGAUGAGUCGACACUCGUAUAUCUUGUCAAGUGGCAAGAUGGUAGUGACAAGGGUGCUCACAACAUCCCAGGCAAUCAAUAUGUCAAGAACUACAAGUUCACCUUCAACUUUCCAGACUGGGGCCAAUGCGAAGUUACCAUGACGUCCGUCCUCGGGCAUUUGAUGAUGCAUGACUUUGAGCGUCGAUACAAAGGCUGGAAUUCUUGCGACCCAGGGGUACUCUUCGAAGCCCAAAUCGAGACCUUCGUGGCGGAAGACAAGAAGCCUGUCGCAGACAACAUUGAACGCCAAGCUCGAGGAGUACGAUACCUCUACAUCUGGACGGACUGUGAUCGAGAGGGUGAGAACAUUGGUGCAGAAAUCCGAAGCUGUGCCCUCAAAACAAACCCUGGCCUCAGUAAUGGCAGGAUUGUUCGAGCUCGAUUCUCCAACAUCGAGAAGCAACAUGUGCUCAACGCCGCGCGCCGACCAGGUACUCUGGAUGAUGCUCAAGCGAAUGCAGUCUACGCGAGAAUGGAACUUGACCUUCGGAUCGGCGCCUCGUUCACCAGGAAGCUAAGUAUAGGUCUCCAAGAGAUGCUGGGCAGAGAGCCAGGCAAGGGCAGCGUCAUCAGCUAUGGCCCCUGUCAAUUCCCAACUCUGGGCUUUGUCGUCGAACGAUACUUUCGCGUACAGAAUUUCGUUCCUGAACCAUUUUGGGGCAUCAAAGUCAUGCAUGAGAAGGACGGUGUCAAGGUCAAGUUCAAUUGGGCUCGGCAGCAUCUUUUCAACCGCAUGAUUGUGGUUAUACUGUUCGAGCGCUGCCUGCAUGCCCGACUUGCGCGAGUCACGAAAGUACAGACUAAGCCGACGAGCAAGUGGAGACCGCUGCCACUUACUACAGUGGAGUUGCAAAAAUGUGGCAGCAGAUUCCUGCGAUUGAACAGUCAAACUGUGAUGAACAUCGCAGAAGGACUGUAUCAGAGGGGUUUUAUCAGCUACCCUCGAACAGAGACUGACCAAUUCGACCGCGGCAUGAAUCUUCAAGCUAUCGUCCAGAAGCAAGCAAACGGCCAAGCAGCGUGGAGUCAGUACGCGCAGCAUUUGAUGAACGGCGGCUUCGUCCAACCCCGAAACGGAAACCACAACGAUAAAGCACAUCCUCCUAUCCACCCUGUGAACUUCGCCGCUGCAUCUGUCCUCAGCUCAGAUGAACGCCGCGUCUACGAAUUCGUAUGUCGAAGAUUCCUCGCAUGCUGCAGCGACGACGCAAAAGGCUCCAAAACCGAAAUCAGCAUCCUCUACGGCUCCGAAACCUUCAACGCAUCAGGUCUGACCGUUCUACGUCGCAACUACCUCGAUGUCUACCCCUACGACAAAUGGACCAGCAGCCAGGAAUUGCCGGAUUUCCGCGAAGGCGAGACAUUCGAGCCUACUGAAGCCAAUAUUCAUGAAGGUCAGACGUCCGCGCCAGGAUAUUUGACUGAGCCGGAAUUGAUCGCGCUCAUGGAUGCAAAUGGUAUUGGCACUGAUGCUACGAUGGCAGAGCAUAUUGCGACCAUCAAGACACGCGAGUACGUGAUGACUAGACCUCGUGGUCGACAAGCUGGGCAAGACGCGGUCGAGAUGUCUAGUGAAGACGACGAGCCAGCGGGCGGAGGCAGAGGCCGUGGGCGCGGUCGUGGACGAGGCGGUCGGGGUAGAGGCAGAGGACGCGGAGGUCGUGGCGGGGGAAGCGAAAGGACUUCUGGUGUGGAGGAGUUCAUUCCGAGCACUCUCGGCAUGGCUUUGAUUCAAGGCUACGAACAGAUGGGUCACGAGAUCAGCCUGGCGCGACCUUUUCUGCGCAAGGAGAUGGAGCUCAAGAUGAAGGCUGUGUGCGAGGGACGGAGGACUAAGAUGGACGUGGUUCAGGAGACGAUUGAGCAGUAUCGGGCCGUGUAUUUGCGCUCCACACAGCGGUUUGAGGUGCUUCGACGAUCGGUACAGCGAUAUGUACUCGGUCAAUGA